UCUUUUCCCGCUAUCUUUUACCUAAUCCCUGUCUUGUUUUUUGGCGGCAAAAAGUUUCUUUCUUGAAAAAUAUCCUCAUCAUCUUCAUCAAUUGAUUACAAAAAACUUACAAUCAAAGGCUAUGAAUUCACGAGAGCUGAGUCUUAUCUCUACGGCCGCCGUAGCCGGUGCGGUUUUUUCCGCAAUCGCGAUUCGGUUUUUAGUAAACCCUAAGAAGAGUUUAAUUAAUAGUAAUUCAGAAGAACAAGUGUUGAAGAAGAAGAAUUCAUCUUGGAAAGAUCCUUACGAUCCCUCGAAACGAAAUGGAUACUUAUCAUGGGAUGACUAUUUUAUGGCUAUUGCAUUUCUAUCAGCUGAGAGAUCCAAGGACCCUAAUAGGCAGGUUGGGGCAUGCUUAGUUAGUCAAGAUGAUAUUAUACUCGGCAUUGGCUACAAUGGGUUUCCACGUGGUUGUUCUGAUGACAAACUUCCAUGGUCGAAAAAAUCCAAAAAUGGUGAUCCUCUGGAGACAAAAUAUCCUUAUGUUUGCCAUGCUGAAGUCAAUUGCAUCUUGAACAAGAAUCAUGCAUCUGCUGCAGGGCAGAAGCUCUAUGUAACAAUGUUCCCUUGCAAUGAGUGCGCAAAAGUUAUCAUUCAGUCCGGGGUUUCAGAAGUUAUAUAUUUCGUGGAAAAGAGUUUGGAGCACUCUGAUGUUAUUUACGUUGCUUCUCACAAGCUUCUAUCAAUGGCAGGCGUAAAAGUUAGAAGACAUCAGCCAAGAAUGAAUCAGAUUUUACUCAGUUUUCACGAGAAUUAAAACCUAAUUUCCUGUGUUCAUUUUCAAGAAGCCGAUGUGCUCUUCUGACUGACCAACUCGGCUCAAGUAAUAUUCUUUAAAUCUGAGGUAUCUUUCAAACGUGUCGUAAGUGUUUCUUCUUUUUCCGAAUCAACAACCAAGUUCCUGACUGUUCUCUAUCUGUUAUCGGGGUCAUGGGUUUGUAAUAGACUUGUAGGGAAGAAACAAUAUUUUACUGGCGUCA